UCUUUCGGAAAUGAGGUCUACCAGGCCUUCGGCGGAUCUGGGCAAACCCUGGGCAGCCUGCACAUCGCCUUCGUAAGCUCACUCCCCCCAUCUCCAUGAGCAAGCUUCCCUUUUUCCAGAGGCUGUCGAGCCCUUUGUCUGACUACAGAGAGACACACGAAUACUUCCCACUUCUGAGAAGCCCGUCUCUCGCUUCUUUAGCAACCGAGCCCCAUAGGUUGGCCAGGCUGCGCACAGCGCUCCGAUUGGAAGCGGGGACUGCCCGUCAAGCAUUUCCUCUCGGCACAGACUACUCCACUCCACCCUUCGCCUUUUCAGGUGGAUUAGGGAAAGUGAAGUUGCCUCAAUUCUGGGGCGCACGCCUAUUGGUCGGACAUUGGUAUCCAUCAUGACCGAGGCUGUGAAAGCCCUCGAGCCUUCGAUUGGGUCCGGGGAUAUGUCAGUCAAGAUGGGCGGGUGCAAUCGCAACGCAGCGCACAGUAUUGGUGGAGCUACGGCGCGGCCGGAGCGGGUGCGGAACCGCAGGAGGAGAGCCGGCUUCUCUUGAUUGGGCCACAGGGAGGCCCUCCGACUCCGGACUGGUUGAACGCGAGCCGCGCCCCCGUCACGCCGACAGCCGGCUGCAAGGGGAGCUGCCGGGCUCGCCUGUGUUAGCCUUGCGAGCCAGGGCGGUGAGAGGAGUGCAUAGGCGGUUCGCCGGGUCCCCAGCCAGGCCGACGUAAAUCCGGAGUGGCGCGCGUCAUCUCAACGGGAUGUGCAGAUGGAGGCUGGAGGAGACACUAAAGCCCCAGCCCCUGGGGACGCGGAGGACUUGGAGGACACUCGGUUCCCCAGUGAGGAGGCUGGAGAGGAUGGAGGGGUUCACGAGGACCCGCCGGAUCCUGGAGAGGGGGACCUGGAGAAAACAGAACCCGAGACGAAGGAUCAGCCACCCGGCCUGCUGUCACCCCUGCCCCAGUCAGAGGCCCUGUCAUGCACCUGUGGGCUUUGGGAUCCUGCGACCUCUGAGGAUAGUCCCCUGGGUGACCCCGAGAGUGGCUCUGGGGGCCAGGGUGGGGACCCCAGUGAUGAGGACUGGCGCAACAAGAGAAAGCACGUGUUUGUGCUGAGCGAGGCAGGCAAGCCCAUCUACUCCAGGUAUGGUAGCGUGGAGGCACUGUCGACGACCAUGGGUGUGAUGACAGCCCUCGUGUCCUUCGUACAGAGUGCAGGGGAUGCCAUCCGCGCCAUCUACGCUGAGGACCACAAGCUGGUGUUCCUACAGCAGGGCCCACUGCUGCUGGUGGCCGUGUCAAGGACUCCUCAGUCAGCAGCCCAGCUACGCGGGGAGCUGCUCGCCGUGCACGCGCAGAUCGUGAGCACGCUCACGCGUGCAAGUGUGGCCCGCAUCUUCGCGCGCAAGCAGAACUACGACCUCCGCCGCCUGCUGGCCGGUUCGGAGCGCACCCUAGACCGGCUCCUGGACAGCGUGGAGCGGGACCCCGGGGCCCUGCUGCUGGGCGCCGUGCGCUGCGUGCCUCUGGCUCGCCCGCUGCGGGACGCCCUGGGGGCGCUGCUACGGCGCUGCACGGCGCCUGGCCUGGCCCUCUCGCUGCUGGCGAUCGGAGGCCGGCUGGUGACGGCGGCCCAGGAGCGGACUGUGCUCGCCGAGUGCCGGCUGGACCCAGCCGACCUGCAGUUGCUGCUCGACUGGGUGGGGGCGCCGGCCUUCGCGGCGGGGGAGGCGUGGGCACCUGUGUGCCUGCCCCGCUUCAACCCCGACGGUUUCUUCUACGCGUACGUGGCGCGCCUGGACGCCAUGCCGGUCUGCCUGCUGCUGCUUGGCACCGACCCCGAGGCCUUCCAUGACAUGGCCACGUGCAGGCGCCUGCUGGAGGAGGGCAUGCACGGCCUUGGCGCCAUGCGGGCCCUGGGGGAGGCUGCCAGCUUCUCGAGCGCCCCAGCAACCAGUGCUCCCGCCUACAGCGUGCAGGCUGUGGGGGCGCCCGGCCUCCGACACUUCCUCUAUAAGCCGCUCGAUAUCCCCGACCAUCACCGCCAGCUGCCUCAGUUUACCAGCCCUGAGCUGGAGGCCCCGUACAGCAGAGAGCAGGAGCGGCAGCGCCUGUCCGACCUGUACCACCGUCUGCACGCGCGCCUGCACAGCCCCUCCAGGCCCCUGCGCCUCAUUUACCACGUGGCUGAGCGGGAGACGCUGCUGGCCUGGGUGACUUCCAAAUUUGAACUCUAUACCUGCUUGAGCCCCCUGGUGACAAAGGCAGGUGCCAUCUUGGUAGUGACUAAACUCCUGCGCUGGGUGAAGAAAGAGGAGGAUCGACUCUUCAUUCGUUACCCACCCAAGUACUCCACACCCCCAGCAGCCCCAGCUGCCUCUACAGACCAACCUUCCCAUAACGGCUUGUUCCCUGGACCUUGAGAGGUGGAGUUCUCAGAUUGGGCAGUGCUGAGAACCACCACUUUUGGUUUUUACCUUCUGUCUCCACCCUGGGAAAGGGGCAGGAGGGACAGAGGAAAGGCUGCUUCCCCAGCCCCGUCAUGCUCCUCCAUCUCUGGGAAAAUCCUUCGGCCCCUCUGCCUCACCUCUAUCACUCGGAUGAUAUUCCUCUGUCAGGGGCUGUCUCCUCCAGUCCUGGGCAGCACACCCUCUGUCCUGCAUCAGGAGUCUGCCUCCUUGAUGGGCUCUCAGCCCUAAGUGUCUAGGGUUGGCCAAGGUCCCUUUGGGUGGUCCGCAGGGGCUCUGGAAUUGGGAAUGCAUGGCCAGCCUUCAUGAAAGGCUUAACGAAAGAAACAGUACAUAAAAGACCUAAAACCAGUUCCCACAAGGACAUUCCUUUGCCCUUCAUGUACUUCAUCUUUACCUGGUCAAAAGUGGCCCCCAUCAACGUUGGCUGCUGCUGAUACCGGUGAGAAGGUGGCCUCCAGGGCAGAACACCUGACUUCACAGGUGGCUGAGAUCCAGACAUCCUGCAUGGGAGGUGCACUCGGCUUCUAAGGCUCAUUGAACUCCUUCGUCAAGUGCAGAAAACCUCGCAUAGGCUAUUACGUGAGGAUUUGUGAACGAAGGGGGACUCGAACUCCUGGGUACCACCGCACAGCUCAUGUAUAUUUGUCUCGGACUUCCACAACCUGCACCACACGCAACCCAGAGAGGGCAAGGCUUCCCUAGAGUUCGUACGUGUGUGCACAGCACUCCCCCCUCAACCGACCGAGACCCAGUUGUGCCCGUUCCCCUACACUGGAGCUGGUGGACGCGAGGUUACGCAUGCGCGCUAACUGUCGUUCAGGGGCCCGCCUCCGUGCUUGGCGGGAGCUGAACCCUCACCGCGCCUCCAGCCUGGGCGACUGACGAGCAGACGCGCAGUGCACGCAUGCGCGCCGCAGAGCCUGUGUCCCUCGUGGUGUUUUUUUGGGUUUUUUGACCAGUCGUCGUCCAAGGUGCACGCAAGCGCAAGCCCCG